AUGUGCGCCACUGGGAACGGGGGCAGAGUGCCGGGAUCGCGGGACACAGGCGCGCAGGUCCAGGGGCUGACAGCAGUAGGGUUAGCCCGCUCCAAAGGGCCUCGGCGCCUGCGCGCUCGAAGGCCGCCAAACCGAGCCCCGCCCCGCGGGGGUGGGGCCUGCGCCUGCGCAUGCCACGACUCCGCGAACCCUUCUUGCCCGCAGCUGGCCCAAGACAGGGCUUCAAGAGGAAGCGCUGGGGUUCGCCACGCACCGCCAGCCGCCCUGGAGCUGCUGCAGGACGUCCACCUGGGCCUGGCCCCGCCGCGCCGCGGCCCUGCCCGCCUGGCCGUCCUCUCGGGCCACUACCUCUACUAUCACUACUGCUGCGACGGGCUGGACGACCGCGGCUGGGGCUGCGGCUACCGCACGCUGCAGACGCUGUGCUCGUGGCCAGGGGGCCAGGCCACGGGCGUGCCUGGACUGGACGCUGUGCAGGCGGCCCUGGAGGACAUGGGCGACAAGCCCCGCGGGUUCCGGGGCUCCCGGAGCUGGAUCGGCUGCGUGGAGGCCAGCCUCUGCCUCGCGCACUUCGGAGGGCCCCAGGGCCGCCUGUGCCACGUGCCCCGUGGAGCCGGGCUUCGCGGCGAGCUGCAGAGGCUUUACUCCCACUUCGCGGGGGGCGGCGGGCCUGUGAUGGUGGGAGGGGAUGCCGAUGCCCAGGCCAAGGCCCUGCUGGGCGUCUGCGUAGGGCCAGGCACCGAAGCCUACGUCCUGAUACUGGACCCUCACUGCUCGAGCGCUCCCAAGAACCCUAAAGAACUACAGGCCGCCGGGUGGGUGGGCUGGCGAGAGGUGAGCAGCGCCUUUGAUCCCUGCUCCUUCUACAACCUGUGCUUGACCAGCUGUAACUCUGAAAAGCAGCAGCACACCGAAGACUGAAACUGACCCCACCUGUGCGUCCUUUACUUCUCAAGUGUCCCAGCAGAGCAGAGGGGAACUUCAGCAUCAAUAAUAAAGUGACCAGGCCCAGCCAA